UCAUGUUAAUGCCGACAGCCAUGGAAAUGCUAUAAACAUUAUCACACCAGACGUGGCAUUUGGAGCCGGUGUAGAUUUACACUGUAAGUUAAAUGCCGCUGACAGUGUUAUGACUUGGGAAAGUCAUCCGCAUUCAUAUCCUAAAAUUGUAGAUAUACCAACGAAUUUUCAAGUCGAAGAGAUUGAAUGUUUCGUCAGAAGAUAA